AUGGCACAUGAACUAGCUUCUGUACCAGUCGUUCCAAGAAUCCUCUUGGACCAUUCUAAAACACCACCAACCACCAUGGACACCAUCAUUGCGCUCAUGGUGACCCUCUGGUGGAUCCGCUUGAAUCUUAUACCGCCAUCAAGGAUGCACCCGAUCUUUCGGAAGGUCCUCUGUAGCGAGGAGUUCCUAGAGUCACUGGUGUCUCUCUCUGGCAUCCGUGUCAUCCGCUCCUUGUCUCUUGGAGAGCCGAUCAAGUCGGCGAUACGCCCCUUGCCGUUCCUGCCAACUUGUUCUGAUGUCUAUCAAGCCGGCUUCGAGAUCUCAUCGUCUGGGUUUUCAUGCUUUGUUCCACUUCCUACGGUCAGUGUGGUCUUAAUUCUGCGCGUACUAUUUAUGUUACUCGAAGCCACCUUUAAUCUUCUCUUUUGGGCAACUUCUACUAAGACUUCUAAUCACAAUGAUCCUGACGCAUUGUGUCCUUGGGCAACGGAUGGCCUUUGUCCUCACUCCCCCGCGAAUCAAUUUCCCCGGAGUGAUUUCACUCUUUCUGCUGAAGAACUGGUGGAACAAGCUGCAGAAAUCGCGGGGAGGAAAAAGGCACUUGGGAGAGUGAACAGGAUCACACACAGAAAUGCAGAUCUCGUUGCAUACCGCGAGAAGGUCAAUGAGGCCCAGAGAGUAUGGCGCAAGCAGGCUGCUGUAGUUGCUUCUCGAAGCAGAAAAAGGCGAGGUACCAGGAAAGAAGGCCGAGCCCCUUCAUGCAGACGGAGUGAGCUAGGGAAGCAUUGA